CUUUCGACCACCUGCGCUACGUACCUAGUUUGUGUCAUUCGCAAUAAUGUCCGAGUUGGAUAGUUCACAUAAAAUCAAUACUUUCCAGUGGUUCUAUCAUGUAGCCUCAUCAUGCGGAUUCGGAUUGCAUACAUUUUCUAUCCCAACUGUAAUCAAAAUCCGGAAUUUUUCUGACUGCAAAGACAAACUACGUUGUCGAAUUUACUUCAUUUCCUAUCCUUCGACUAGUUUUCAAUCUGGCACUAAACCUACAUUGUUAUUUGCUGAUGUAGAUCAACAAAAUUCAUCUGAUGACCAAGUUAUGUGGUAUCCAUUAUUGCCUAGUGAAUUUUUUGACCAUAAAAAUUCACUUGCAUUAGCUGACUUUUUGAUUCAUGAACGUAUGCGUGUUUCUGUAUCCGGUGUAACUAAUUAUUGUUUAUCCGAUUGUGGUAAACUGAUUAUUUGUGCAUCAAGUGAAAUUUACAACACUGUAGAUAAUACUAGUUUUGGAGAACAGCCUAAUUAUCUUGAACCAAUCAAAGCACCAUUGACUAAUGUAAUUCAACCAAUAAUGUGUUCAUUAAAUUCAGAUUUUAUUGUUUGUUUAUCAAAUGAUAAUAUUUUCAUUGGUUAUAUACCAACCAAUACAUGGAUACCAAUAACACAUUAUCAAAGUAAUAGUGGCCUAUCUGCCGGUAUCCCAUCGUUUGUCAUCCAAGAAGAAUUUGAUCGAUACAUUGGUUAUUGGUGGAGACCAACACUGACUAAUGAAAGUUUAUUCAUUUUAGCUUAUAAAUUAGUGAAAUGUGUAUAA